AUGGCCGCCUUCGCCAUGGAGCCGCNNNACGCAGGAGCUGAGCCAAUGACUCUUGGCUCCCCAACAUCUCCAAAACCAGGAGCUAGUGCUCAGUUUCUUCCUGGGUUCUUGAUGGGCGAUUUACCUGCACCAGUGACUCCGCAACCACGAGCUUUAAGCGGCCCUUCAAUUGGCGUAAUGGAAAUGAGGUCUCCACUGCUUGCAGGAGGGUCUCCCCCACAACCAGUAGUCCCUACGCAUAAAGAUAAAAGUGGUGCUCCACCAGUUAGAAGCAUAUAUGAUGAACUGAGUAGUCCUGGAUCAACACCUCUAACCUCAAGAAGACCAGCCAGCUUUUCUCUAACACAGAGCCCACUGGUUGGAACUAUGCCAUCAACUCCUGGAACAGGUUCAAGUAUGUUCAGUCCUGCAAGUAUUGGGCAGCCUAGGAAGACUACUCUAUCUCCUGCUCAACUAGAUCCUUUCUAUACUCAGGGUGAUUCCCUGACUUCAGAAGAUCAACUUGAUGACACAUGGGUAACUGUAUUUGGAUUUCCUCAAGCAUCAGCUUCAUAUAUUCUUCUACAAUUUGCUCAGUAUGGAAACAUACUAAAGCAUGUGAUGUCCAACACAGGAAACUGGAUGCAUAUUCGAUACCAGUCUAAGCUUCAAGCCCGGAAAGCCUUAAGCAAAGACGGAAGAAUUUUUGGGGAAUCUAUCAUGAUUGGUGUCAAGCCAUGUAUAGAUAAAAGUGUGAUGGAAAACUUUGAAAGAAGCUCUACAUUCUCAAUAUCUUUCACUCCACCUACAAAAUCUGUUGGCACACCAGUACAACCUGCAAAUAAUACUACAAGGAUUUCUACAAUGAGACCUCUUGCAACAGCAUAUAAAGCUUCCACUAGUGACUAUCAGGUGGUUUCUGACAAGCAAACUCCUAGGAAAGAUGAAAGUAUUGUAUCUAAAGCAAUGGAAUAUGUGUUUGGCUGGUAAUAUACGAGAAGUAACGCACUAAGUUGGCCAUGGUUUGAAAUAUGCUUCUGGCAUCCGUGGUUAGUUGUAUAACUACUGGUGGCAGUAUUUGAACUUACACAUCUCACCUAUUAUGCCUUCAGUUAAUUCAGCAGACAUGUAGCUUGCACUUUAAAUAAUGGCAGUGUACACAUGGUUUUAAAGACUGAGUAAUUGUAAAUGUAAGUGCUUUUUUCCCAUUUGUGCUCUGAUUG